AUGACUACUUCGUCUAUUAGGCGGCAAAUGAAAAACAUUGUGAACAAUUAUUCAGAGGCCGAAAUAAAAGUUCGGGAAGCAACUUCCAAUGACCCCUGGGGUCCUUCUAGUUCCUUAAUGACUGAAAUAGCAGAUCUGACUUACAAUGUGGUAGCCUUUUCUGAAAUUAUGAGCAUGAUUUGGAAACGGCUGAAUGACCAUGGCAAAAACUGGCGGCAUGUGUAUAAGGCCCUUACUCUGUUAGAUUACCUGAUUAAAACUGGCUCCGAGAGGGUGGCACAGCAAUGUAAAGAGAAUAUUUUUGCUAUUCAAACAUUGAAGGACUUCCAGUAUAUCGAUCGAGAUGGAAAAGACCAGGGCAUCAAUGUAAGGGAGAAGUCCAAGCAGCUGGUCUCUCUUCUGAAGGAUGAUGAGCGACUCAAGACAGAGAGGGCCCAAGCCCUGAAGACCAAAGAGCGUAUGGCUCAGGUGGCCACUGGAGUUGGUAGCAACCAGAUCACAUUUGGACGAGGUUCCAGUCAGCCUAAUCUAUCCACUAGCUAUUCAGAGCAAGAAUACGGCAAGUCUGGAGGCUCUCCUGCAUCUUACCAUGGCUCUACAUCCCCUCGAGUUUCUUCAGAGCUAGAGCAAGCACGACCCCAGACAAGUGGAGAGGAGGAGCUCCAGCUGCAGCUUGCAUUAGCAAUGAGCAGAGAAGUUGCAGAGCAGGAGGAGCGCCUCAGACGUGGAGAUGAUCUGAGAUUACAGAUGGCUCUGGAGGAGAGUCGCAGAGACACUAUUAAAAUUCCCAAAAAGAAGGAGCAUACAACUUUGUUGGAUCUCAUGGACGCACUGCCCUCAUCAGCACCAGCCCCCCAGAAAACUGAACCUUGGGGACCCACAGCUGGAGCAAACCAGAAAGACCCCUGGGGAGGAUCUGCAGCUACAGCUACUACAUCUGACCCAUGGCAGUCAUUUGGUGCCAAACCAGCUGCUUCUGUUGAUCCAUGGGGAGCACCAACUGGAUCCACUACUCAGUCUCUGUCCAAAAAUGUAGACCCUUGGGCUUCUUCUCAGUCAUCCUCCGUGGCAACAAAAGCUACUGUAGAUCCGUGGGGACCAGCACCUGGAAACAAAACUCUUUCCACUUCUGGAAGUACGUCGUUUGACCUUUUCAGUAAUUUGAAUGGUACUGUUAAAGAUGACUUUUCUGAGUUUGACAACCUUCGAAAUUCCAGAAAGCCAGCUGAGUCAGAUUCCACUUUGCCAUCCCAGCAUAGUGGUACAACAAGUCCUGAUCUCUUUGAUUCUCAGCCCAUGAACAUGACAUCGGGCAAACAAAAUGCAGCUCGGAAAACCCCCGAGUCUUUCUUGGGGCCCAAUGCAGCUUUGGUGAAUCUGGAUUCGUUGGUGACUAAGCCACCAAAGCCUGUUCCAUCGUUGAAUCCGUUCUUAGCUCCUGGAGCAGCUACAGCACCCACUCCAAUCAACCCCUUUCAAGUGAACCAGCCUCAGCCCCUCACACUAAAUCAGAUGAGAGCAAGUCCUGUGAUGGGCACGAGUCCUUCUUUUAGUGCUGUGCCAGCUAUGGGCAUGGAGCCAGUACCUCUGUCUUCCAUGGCACCAGUGGCUGUGGGAAUGGCGCCGUUACCAGCUAUGGGCCCCAUGGCAUCUAUCACGUGUAUGGGCCAGGGGAUGAACAUGAGCAUUGCAGGAUCAGUGACCCAGCCUCUUCAUAGUACAGGAAUCCCUCCAUCAGGGGCCCAGCCCACAAAUACAACUAAUCCUUUCCUCCUAUAAAGACCCAUUCAAAGGAACUUUCUUUUCAUAAUAUUUCCAAGCUGAAGUCUUUGGGGAAAAAUGAACAGGAUCUGCUUGGACUGAAUGAUGUGUAAGCGACUUGGAAGUAAUUUGCAGUUUACAGUUACGAACUUUGAAGAGUUAUGUCUACUUACCAGUUAAUCUAAAUCUAGUCUUUGCUACAGAUGGUACCUUACUUUGGCUUGUUGAGCAUUACAUGAAAUGUUCAGACUUUUUGCCAAAGUUAGAUUAUGCCCAUUUUGUUACUUUGUUAACCAUUUCAAUACACUUUCUAGGGAGAACCUACCAUUUUAAACUCCAUUUGCUAUUUUGUAGAUGUCAGAUGAUGUGCUGGAUCCUAAAAUUACUGUUACCUACAUCUAUCAUUUCUCAUGUUCGUAUGAUAGACACGAGACCCUGAGUGCUAGUGAAUGUUUUUGCACAUAACUAUAUACAAUUCUAGACUGUUGGUUCACCCAUAGUCCUUAUUCUUAGAAGAGAGCUCAGAAGGCUGGUUUUACGCAUUAAACAUUGCAACAUAAAAUCUCACCGCUUUCUUAUCGGUGGUUUGACUGAGAAAGCAAGCUUGUCUCGAAAGGAAAAAAAAGCUGAAGAAAAUUCUCAAGUUGUCAAGUAUAAUGUGUGCUGUUGUAUGCAGUGUUGAAUUCGUACACUACUAUCUAAGGACUAUUAAGGAACUUCCUGUGAGUGGCAUGCUGCACUCGUGCUAAAUGAGUGUUCUGCUAUGUGCUUGUCCAUUAGUGACUUCAUUUGGAAGUUAUUGUGCGUAUUUUAUUUUUAUUUGACUUACAAUGUGAGAUGAAAGAAAAACAAAAUACAGUAGGACAACUUCGAAUUCAGUUUCAUCGGGGCAAGCUUUAAAACUAAUUCAGGCUUAACAUUGCUAUAUGCAGUUACUCUUGUAUACUUUUGCACAUAUUUUGUUUUUAGUACAGUUCCAUAUUUGAGUUUGCAGAAUAACCUAAUAGUCAUUUUUUGCUAAUUUUUAUAAUGUGGUUCUUAUUUAACUGUCUAGUUUUGAUAGACUUUUAUCAGGUCAGGCUGAAAAAUUAAGAUAUUGGCAAAUGUCAUUUUUAUGGUUUAAUGCCCUCCUUUUAUUUAUGGUUUUAGCUCUUUGUUUCUGUAAAAAGAAUUUAAAAGGGAAGAUUAACACUAAAAUAUUGUAUUAUUAAUUAAGAAUUCAUAAUGAAAUUUAAAACAAAUCCUCAUGACUAACUACUUUUUAGAGGAAAUGAAUUUGAACUUAAUAUUAGUUAAGACUACAUUUAGAAAACACUAAGGAUGCCUUCCCUUUAAUUCACUCCUCUUUUUCUGAUGAUGACCAAAAUGGACGGACUUCUGUCCUCUAAGAAGAUCACAAGGCUGUUUGUCUUUGUCCAUAGUGACUUCUUGAAAUUAAAAAAAAAAAAGUAAAUC